CUUAGUUUUGCAAUUUAAUGUUAUUGCAGACGGUUCUCUGCAGRAAAGAUUUCAUUGUUAUGCAAAUGCUGUAUUAUUUGUUUGGUUGCCGAGGACACGAAGUCACCAAUCGACACCAAUCUCAUUUGUAAUGCUUCAUAAUGCUUCACUUUAUACAAAUCCUGUCUCUUUCUGUUGAAGUACAUGAACUGAUUUUCCUUCCAGUUAACAAGUGUUUGCAUUGUCUACAAAGGAAUUAUUUUUUUGCUGAGGAAAACGUACUUCUAAUUCUGUAGUGCCGGUGCAACUUGUCACUCGAUCAAGACGAAAACUGCACUUGAAUCAAGCUUUUGAACUCAGGUUGUUAUCGACUCUAGCUCAUCAAGAAAAGAUAUACAAGAAUCUGUACACAAAAAAGCAACAUUGUUGUACAUGUAUUUGGUUUUGUCGAUGUCGAAGAGAGCCGAUGGACUUGAAAGAUAGAAGGGCUUCAGAAAGAAGGAAAACAAAUUUAUUUUCAUUGUCAGCUGUUGAUGCCUUUGCGUGAAUUGGUUCUGUAUUUUAAUUUUGUUUACACGGCCACAACAAGGCAUUUCAUCAAUUGUGUAUAAGGAUUUCAAAUUACAAAUUUUGUAUUUAAUACUCUGACAAUUAAGUUUGUCAUCUUCAGCAAAUCAAAUCAAUUUUAACAGACAAUGGAUCUCAUUCACAAGAAAGGAUCUUAUAAUGUUCAGGAAAGGAGAUUUCCAGAGGGAGAGAGUGAAGGCGAGGGAAUCAACUAUUUUGCUCUUGGUGACCAAGAUAAAAUACUCAAYGAAGAAAAAGAAAUAAGAGAAACUAAGAGAAAAAAGAGAAAGAAGAAAAAAGUGAAAAUAAAUUCAGAAAUGAAUGACCAAGAUAAAGAAUAUUACAAUGAUGAUAACCCUUCAACUCCUAUUGAUGAAGAUCAAGGAAAUGAUAUCCCACUUGAUGACUUGAGAAGUAGAUCAACAACAGGCAAUAACAACCGCAUCUUUUGCCAUGAUUCUUUGAAGGAAGCAAUGGAUAGCGUUCAAUUUCAUCAAAAUGUAGCACCAACAUCAGAACAAUCAAAAGAUGUUCGACAYAUWGCACUYCAACAAGCAAUAAAUAGAUCCAAAAGUGGCACAACAGAUAGAAAAUGGCAUACGGAUUAUGUAUUAGUCCAUAAAACUGGAGACCAUAAUCAUUCAAAUAGCAAACUGCGUGAAAUCUUUGAAGCUGUGCUUGAAGAGGAAGGCAUCAAGAUAGAAAGAAAGUACACUGCUAUGCAGUCUUUUGUAAUUUUACACUGUCCUUUUGAAAGGCUCUGCGUUGAAGCUGAAUUUGUGGCACUGGAGAUGCCUUUAGCUGGGUAUAUUGUUCCUGAAGUUGGUGAGCGUAGUUGGCUGUCAAAACUUGGAGAAAAGUUCAAAACAGACAAUGAUGUGGAUUUCAUCAGUGCACCAUUUUGUGUUUCAAAAAGCAAUAUUUAUGAAGGAAUCAAAUACCCAGACUACUUCUUUAGACCUGCACUUAGAUCCUUAUUGGUACAUCGCAUAUUAACAACCAUAGACCUUAGAGACAAGGAAUCUAGACAACUUGGCCAAAACCCCCAAGGAUUGCCAUAUCUGUUACUGGAAGGGGCAUAUAGCGAUGCAUUUAUUGUCCAUGAGAAGUCAACAAAGGACAAAAGAUUCCCAUUUCAUGAUGAUGGAGAUGAAAAUGAAUUCAUGCUGUAUGGUCAAGAUAUCAGUGAUCCUCGUAAAAGACUUCAUCACACAUGGUUAAAAUGGUUUAAAUUCCAACCACUUUGGAAAAUCAGGAACUAUUUUGGAGAAAAAAUUGCUUUAUACUUUGCAUGGCUAGGUUCCUUGACAUUUUCCCUUAUAAUUCCCAUGCUAUUUGGGCUUGCUGUGUUCUUAUGGGGAUUAAUUGUUGCUACCAUGGAAUGGUAUGAUUUACAAAGUUCUUCAAGUGUUAAUGACAAUCCCUUGAAUGGCCAAACCAAUAGUACACUGACCAACAUCAUCAGUAAAUGGGCAAAGAAUGCAUUUGAUAACGAAAUAACACCAUAUUUCGCUCUCAUUAUCUGUUUAUGGGGUACAAUAUUCCUGGAAAACUGGAAAAGAACCAAUGCUAGACUUGCUUACCAGUGGGAUGUGGAUAACUUUGAAGAGCAGGAACCYAACCGUCCAGAGUUCUAUGGUACUGAAGUCCGACCAGAUCCAGUAACAGGUCAAGAUGAACCUUUCUAUCCUUUUAAAAGACGUGUUUUUAAGAUGAGUGGAUCCUUCAGUCUUCUUUUAUUCAUGGUUUGUCUUGUUCUAGCCAGUCUGUUUGCUGUUAUUGUGUAUAGAAUCGUUGCAAGAGAGGAUUUUUUCAAAGACAGAGGAGCCCUUGGACCAACAAUCGCUAGUAUAACAUCUACUUUUCUCAACACAUGCUCUAUCAUGAUUAUGGGAAAGGUGUAUCAGUUAUUGGCUGUGAAGUUGACUGAUUGGGAAAACCAUAGAACACAGACUAGCUAUGAUGAUGCUUUGAUUAUUAAGCUGUUUGGAUUCCAGUUUGUUAACUCGUACACUUCACUGUUUUACAUUGCCUUCUUCAGAAGAGAUACAACAGAUCAAGGCAUCCUUGGUUUUGGGUCAUCUUACAGUGAUGCUUGUGGUUCUAACAACGACUGCAUGACACUACUAUCAUUGCAAGUGGCUAUGUUGAUGAUUAUGAAACCUCUGCCGAAGCUGUUCACUGAUGUCAUUUUACCUUUUGUCARGCGCAUCAUUCGUGAACGUUGCUGCCGUGGCAAUAGGGUUGAGGAAGCAGACGAAAUCAAUCCUACAACUGAAGAUUAUUUGGAYUAUGAAAUGCACAAAGAACCAGCAGGAGACUUCACUCUUUCAGAGUACACAGAAAAAGUUCUUCAAUAUGGCUUCCUUAUGCUUUUUGCAGCAGCAUUUCCACUUGCRCCACUGAUUGCACUGCUGACCAACCUGAUUGACAUGAAGAUGGAUGCUAGAAGACUAUUAUGGACUAACCGACGCCCCAUUGCAUUCCGUGCCCAGGAUAUAGGAAUGUGGUAUGGUAUCYUGGAAUUCCUCAAYRUUGUUGGCGUGGUAACCAAUGGUUUCCUGGUAACAUUCACAUCAAGCUAUGGCAAAAAUUGGGAAGGAUAUACAAACUCCUCUAUAACAAACCAUACAUCAUUGAAUACUUUUAAAAAUGUUACAACAGUGGAGUAUAUCAUCAARCAGCAACCUGUUUUCCAGAGACUUUGGAUAUUAGUUGGUUUUGAGCAUAUUGUGUUUGCAUUCAAGUUCUUGAUUGCAUGGAUUAUUCCUGAUGUACCUAGUGAUGUGCGCAUGGCUCAGAGAAGGGAAAAGCAUCACAUYGCAGACUUAYUAGCUAAAGCAGGCAUGCGUAAAGGACCUGGAAAUAGACUYACUGAAUCAUCGAGUAGUCAUAGACGUCUAACAACAUCCAAGUCCAGUCCAGGAAGAAUUCACUCUAAACCAUCUCAAGACCAGAGUUCAUAUGCUCAUYAUGAGAAUGAAAYGAUUGGGACAAGUGAGAAUCAACAUCUAAAUGAAUUUACUGGUUCUCGAUCACCAGACAAACAUCAUCAURAUAGUUCACAUAUGCCACCACUAAGAACUCAUCUAGAGCCCCUCCCAGCAGACUAUUUACCUAAGAUUAGUAGYGAGGUUAAYGCRAAGCGACAACUUGAUAAACUAGUUUAAAUUAGCAAGUCAACAAGAUUAGAUAUUGUUUCAGCUUGCUUUAUUAUGUACCUAAAGGUAAAUGUAAUAUUCUUACAAGGUGUUUUGUUGUAUAUUAUUCUACUUGUUAAUAACAUUGUAUUACAUGUAUAUAUAUUUAGUAUACAGCCUUUUGCAAAAAUUAUGAGAAUUGUCUAAAUAUCUAAAUAUCAUAAUAUCCAUAUCCAUAUAUUGUCCAGAACAUGCGGGUUUGCUAGAAUAAUUCAUUGUUGACAUCGAGAAAAUGUUCAGAACUACGGAUAAGUCCGUCACCGCCGAAAAAGCUAAACUACAAAGACAAAGGACAAACGGGAAUCGCGUGGGAUUACCUAUCAUGCAAUUGAUAUUAUGAUAUUUAGAUAUUUCGACAAUUCUCAUAAUUUUUGCAAAAGGCUGUAUAUACAGCUAUUUGCAAUA